GGGGGAGUAUUCGGUAUGAAUACAGUUGUGUACACAUAUACACAAAUACCUAUACGACUAAGGACCCUGAUAGAUAAGUGUCCUAGACAAACGAUGUGACCGUAUGUAACAGCUCGCAAAACAUGAAAUUUAAAGGAGGGAACGUCAGCGUUAAUAAUCGUGCGACCAUGGAUGUUCGAACACUGUGCAGUGUGAUGAUGGUUCUAAUUCCAGUCAUUGUGGCAGACAAUGUUAAGGUGGAAUACUAUAGUACCACUACUUUUAAGUGCGAUAGCAUGGACUUGAAUAUCACCACCAUUCCUAGUAACGCUAACAACAUACAAGCAAAGUACUGGAUUCUCCCGUCGGGCGAAAGGAUUGACAACACUUCAACUUCCGAAAUGAAGAAAGGUGAAUUAUCUUGGUCCAUUUCUGAUUGGUCCAACUACAGCCUCACUGUAAGAAAUGUAGACGAUGACGAUUUCGGUUUAUAUUAUUGUAUCAUAGUGAGGACCAACUACCACCUGGAUGUCGUACAGAAAGGUUUAAAUAUCGACGGACCUGAUUAUUCCAAAUUAAUGGAGCGUUAUCGACACAAUGCGAUGAUUGGUGGAAUAGCCGCUGCUGUACUUUUUGCCGUCAUCUGCGGAGCCUGUCUGAUAAAUCACUUCCGGUAUAGUUCCAAAAGAAGUAAAGAUCGUAAGGAGGGGCUGGAGCUUGAUGGAGGAUAUUACGACAAUGCAGCAGCUGAUUCCGGCAUCGAUGGAGUUAAAGGCAACGUAGAGGCCACUGAAAAGUUGUAGCGAAUUAAAAAACAAACUAAUUUGUAUCUAGUCUUAUUUGAGUGGAAACACUUAAAGAUCCUCUGUUUCCGGCACAGACUAAUCAUGAUCGAUUGAAAACAAAAAAAUAGACCGUAGUAAAUUUGUAUACCUUUACAAUACCAGAACAUAAUAUCAUAUGCUAUUAGCUCUAAAAGUCUUUCCCUCAUUCUUUUAAAUGCAAAGGGGGGUAAUUAAUUGCAUCCCGAAGGAAUUCUAUGGUACUCCGCCACCAUGUUUUGUAUGUAUCUUUCGGUGUUAUAAGAGAUCAUUAUUAGGACAUUUUUAUUAUCAUUAUUUUUCCAUUGGUUUAUGUGUUUUAUACCGAAGAUGUCAUUUUAAACAUUUUUGUGAGAAGCAGUAUAUAUAGAACCUGUGGACAAUGUAGCAUUUUUAAAUGUAGAAUUAAAGAAUUUAUCGAAUUUUCAUCAUAAAUAAUAAACAUAUAUGAAAAUCCCUGUCUAUGAGAUCUGCAAAGUGGCGUGAAUAUGUCCAGUAAUAUAUGAUAAACAGUUUCGUGAUGUCACGUAUAACAAUAUAGAUAUAUAACUCCCCUUGGAUUAAACUCCUCGUCAGAAGUCUUAUCUAGAAGAUGGAUGUUACCUAGGGUGAGGACCAUAUAUCCCUAAUAAAGGGCUAUGUCUAAAAGAUUGGAACAAAGUGAUUGCUGGUUAUUAAUGGUGUUUGUGCUUCCCUAAUGGAACGUUGUGAAUAGUCACUUAAUAUCGCUAUAGGCAUCACGUACGAAGUAUGUUUAUACCUUCAAGAUUAUAACCCACGAACAGCCCUUAUGUUGUAGCAAAUAUAUUCAGAACAAAAAAUGUGAACUAUGUAUAGUUUUUAGUUCAAUAGUGUAAGUUUAUGUGUUACCCUAUGUACUUAAUAAGUAAAACAGAGAAAUAAAUGUAAAUGUAUGAUCGUUGAUAUGUACGUGAACAAGUUGAAAGUCAUAAUAAAUGUUUCCUUUUUUAUUCUUCCUCCAUCA